GCAUGGACGCAGGCGCUGAGGCUGGAGAAAGCAGUGCGCCGCACACGUGUUGGCCAAGGCCCUGAAAGCAAUGUUUCGAGCAGUGAUUGCCCUUCUUGCAACUGGAACCGCGCUGGCGGCGUAUCUGGACGACGAGAAGCCAUAUGAAAGGAGCGAAGCUUUGCGCCUCGAAGGCGAUUCACCCUACCAAUUCGAACGCGACGCGCCGCGUCGGCGGCUGCCACCACGCUACUCUACUGAGCGUGGUUGGCUCGGCCGGAGCCCCGUGGUGGGCAGGGCGGCGCGUGUUAGGCCAGGCCCCAUCUACAUAAUCCGUACGCUUGACCCGGUACCGGGCCCCGGGCAGCAGGAAACAAGCCUUGAGUCGGCACAAUGGCAGGCGCCACCACUGAUGUUCCGGACAUCACCCAAGCCCCUGACAGUCGCCGAAGGCAGCAACGUGCAGUACGUGGUCUUCGUUGACCGAAGCGCCCUCCCGAUUGAUGAGCCAACACUGGUGGAUGCCUACCCCGGUCGGCUGCGAAAAGUUCAUCGCUGGAGCCCAGAGCUUUACAAGGCGAAGUCCUAGGAUGCUCUUCAAGCCUCGGAGACCCUUCAUCAAACCAAGUCAUCUAUAGUACAUCGCAGUAGUUCGUCAUAUAUGCAUUAGAGGAAUAGUACAUUGCAGUAGUUCAUCAUAUAAGCCUUGAAGGAAGAGGUAAUGAAACAUCACUUUAUAUAAACGCUAAUACGUAAGAGGUGUAAUUAGUACUUGUUGAUGA